AUGGAAAGACCUACAAGAGCAACUAGAGGAAAGAGAACAAUCCCAUUGACAGCAGAAGAGAUUGCUGCAAACGAAGAGUUUUGGGGUGAACUGUUAAAAGAUGAUAAAGAAGUUGAUCCAGAUUUUGAAGAUGUAGCUGCAAGUGAUGAUGAUGAAGACAUUUCAGAUGACACUGAAGAUGAAGUGGAAAGUGAGAAUGAAGCAGAUGUCAAGAUUGAUAAAGCAAAGGAAAAGAAACAAACAAAGAAACAAAUAUAUAAAGAUUCAAAAUCAAAGAGAAAAAGUGCUGCAAUUGAUAAAUCAAGUAAACCAAGUUUUAUAAAGGCGAUAGAAGAUCAAGAAGAUGGUGGAGAAGAAGAAGAGGAAGGGGAUGACGAUGAACCAGUUGAAAAGGUGGUCAAAAAGGCCAAAAGAACACCUCCAACUCCACAAUCACCAACCAUCACAAGAAAAUCACUUAGACCAGCUGUACAAGCAUCGAUUGAAAGAAGUGAAGCUGCUCAAAAAGCAAUGAGAGAACAACCAAAAAAAGUAAUUAAAAAGAGAGCUGCCAAAGAAAAACAAUUAACACAGGCACAACUAUUGGAGGAGGCCAGAAAAACAGAAGUCAUCAAUCAAAACUCUUUAAAUAAUCUAUUGUUAAAAGAAGAAGAAAGAAGAAAAUCAUUACAUACUUCUAAAAAACAAGUGAUUACUGGACCAAGAAUAUUAUAUUCAUCAAAUAUUAAAACUGGAACUACCAUUUCAUUCUCUGAUGAUUUUAUACCAGAUUGUUUAGAUGAAAAUAAACAAAAAAAGGAUAAAGAAGCGUUAAAAGAAUUGGUUGGAUUGGUAAAGAGUACAAAGAUAUGUGCAGUCACUGGUGAACCUGCAAAAUAUAUAGAUCCAACUACUAAAUUACCAUUUUCAACUAUAUCUUCUAAAUCACAACUAUCAAAUAUUGCAAAUAAUAAUAAUAAUAAUAAUAAUAAUAAUAAUAAUAAUAAUAAUAAUAAUAAUAAUACGAUUCAAACACCAAACAUGGCCAGUGGUACAACCACACCAUCAUUGGCAUCAUCAACAUCAUCGACAUUACCAACAUUGGCAGAGAAAAGAACACCAAAAAGAAAAUCAAUUCCAACUAUAAAUACUACUACAAGUGCUGAAUCAAGUACAUGA